AUGUGGCUAGUUUCUUUUGGCUUGGUUCUUUUGGUAUAUCAUUGUUGCAGAUGGAGAGUAAUCAUCCGAGGAAAAAGAAAGGAUCAUUCUCAAACGCUUUGUCUUAUACUUCUCAUAUUAUUCACAAGUGCUGCAGCGAUUGGGUGUAUUCUUCUUUCGGUUGGGCAAGAUGAGUUUCAUGGUGAAGCGUUGCAUACAUUGAAAUAUGUGGUAAACCAAUCAGACUACACAGUGCAAAUCCUAAAUAAUGUUACACAGUACCUUUCUCUUGCAAAAACCAUCAAUGUGGCCGAUGUUUUCCUUCCUUCCGAUGUCUUAUCCGGAAUCGACAAGUUGAACAUAGAUCUGAAUUCGGCAGCAGAUACACUUACAGCUAAGACCGAUGAAAACGCCGGCAAAAUAAGAAGAGUCUUCAAUGCUGUGCGAUUAGCACUGAUCACCGUGGCCACAGUGAUGCUAAUUUUGGCUCUGCUGGGUCUUUUGUUGUCCAUUCUAGGCCAUCAACAUGCUAUCCACAUAUUCAUAGUUAGCGGAUGGUUCCUGGUAGCUAUUACAUUCAUCCUUUGUGGUGUUUUCGUGAUCAUGAACAAUGCAAUUUCGGACGCUUGCUUGGCGAUGGAAGAAUGGGUGGAACAUCCACAUGCCAAGACUGCUCUUAGCAACGUACUUCCUUGUGUUGAUCAGAGAACAACAAACAAUACACUCAGUCAAAGCAAACGUGUCAUCAGUAGUAUAGUAGAUGUUGUCAAUACAUAUAUUUACACCUUUGCCAAUUCGGAUCCUUCCCCAGAUGACGUUCGUUAUUACAAUCAGUCUGGACCUUCAAUGCCUCCUCUAUGCUCUCCAUUUGAUUCUCAGCUCCAAAAUCGUCAGUGUCUGUCAAAUGAGGUGUCUAUGGCAAAUGCUUCUCUGGUCUGGCAAAACUUCACCUGCAUGGCAUCAGCAUCUGGGCUAUGCAACACCACGGGAAGGAUAACUCCUGACAGAUUCACACAGCUGGUGACAGCGGUUAACGAGAGCCAAGCUCUCAAGCACUACACACCACUCUUACUUUGCCUGCAAAAUUGCGAUUUCGUUAGGGAUACAUUUCAAAACAUUGCCUCGAAUUACUGUCAUCCAUUGGAGCAUUACCUUAAGAUAGUAAAUGCAGGACUGGGGUUAAUCUCGGUCGGAGUCUUGCUAUGUUUAGUUCUCUGGAUAUUCUAUGCCGAUCACCCCCUAAGGGAAGAGGUGUCUGUGAAGCGUUGUUGCCGAUAAAAUGUAUGACCUGGAAAAACAUCUGCAGAUCAAACACCACCACCACCACAUUGUCAGGUACAACAAAUGGUGUCUAAAUUAUAGCAAGAAAUUAUUAGGUUGAGUGUCUUUCAUUUUUUCUUGUGAUCCCAUAUUGGGAAAGGAACUAAGGUGGGGCAAAGCUCCAUUUUGAGUUAGGUGGGUAAUCUCUAUUUAUUUCAUGGUCAUGUUAUAUAUGUAAUAGUAAAUAUAAUUCGAU